UGUCCGGCAACUUGACUGUGAGAGUUGGGGGCAAAGACGGAGGAUUUCGGUGGAAGUAUUUGAAUUAAAUCAUUCUGACAAGCUUCGUAUUCAAGGACAUGCAUUCAUAAACAUUGCGGGGGGGAGGGAUGCGUUUGUGUAAAGAGGAUGCAGAGACACACACCUGAGCCCUGUGUGAAGAUCUGAGGGAGACAUGAUACCAGAGGCCACAGCUGCAGCUGCAUCCAGGUCCUCAGGCCAGAAUAAGAACUGUCGUGAUGAGGCGAACACCUCUGAAGCCGUCAGUCACUCAGAGGACUCUGGGAAUGAGAAUAGACAAAAGAGUGCGAGACGAAGGAAAAGAGUGCACGAGGGCUCCGAGAAUGUCAAGUGCAAAAGUCCCAAAGCCAGCUGCAGUGGCGCUAGGAGAGCAGGAAGGGGACACGGCAAACAGAAGCACGUGGAGGCCGUCACCUUGUUUGAGGUGAUCACCAUGGGCAGGAGUGCCAUGCAGGCGGUGAUAGAUGAUUGGAUUGAGGCAUAUGUGACAGACAGAGACUCCUCUCUUCUUGACCUCAUCAGCUUCUUCAUUCAGUGUUCUGGGUGCAAAGGUGUUGUCACAGCAGAGAUGUGUCAGAGCAAAGAGGACAGCGAGGUCAUGAGUAAGAUGGUCGAGGAGCUGGAUGAGGCUGCUGGUCUGCAGUAUAAGAAGUUUCUGGCUUUUCCAUGGAUCCUCACAGUCACGUGGCCCAUGGAUACAGACAGUGUUGAGUAUCCUCUGGUGCAGUCAGGAGCAUACGGCCGCUGGUUUCACUCUGAGUUCUGUGACUUUGUGUCAGUGCUGGUGGCUCAGUGUCAGCACAGCAUCAUCUUUGACGGGUACCUGAUGAACACCCUCAUCUCGCUGCUCGCCGAGCUGUCAGAUUCUUAUGUGCGAGCGUUCAGACACACCUGCACGCUAGCUGCUGUGAAGCUGCUGAGCUCUCUGGUGGGCGUGGCUCUCAGCCUGAGCGUUGGGAUUGAAAACAGUCAGAAGCUGUAUGAGGUGCAAAAGACAAAGACCAUGAGGCCGAAGAGUGCGCAGCAGCUGGAGAAAAUACAGAAGAAGAUCACAGAGUUGCAGGAGAAGCGAGCGGAGAUCGAGAGCAUGAUGGACAUCAUCUUCAAGGGGGUUUUCCUUAAGCGAUAUCGUGAUGUGCUUCCAGAAAUCCGCUGCAUCUGUAUGGAGGAGUUGGGUUUGUGGAUGAAACUCUACAGUUCUGUGUUUCUCAACGACAGUUACCUCAAAUACAUGGGCUGGAUGAUGCACGACAAGAUACCGGAUGUGCGUCUCAAGUGUGUGUUAGGUCUGCAGGGUCUGUACGGAGAUCCUCUCUUCCUGCCUAAACUAGACCUGUUCACCAGCCGCUUCAAGGACCGGAUGGUCUCCAUGACCCUGGAUAAGGACAGCGAAGUGGCCGUGCAGACCAUGAAACUCCUGGUGCUCAUUUCCAACACAUCUGACGACGCGCUCACUCCGGAAGACUACAAGCACCUCCUCCAGUUUGUUUACUCCUCACAGCGGCCUCUUGCAACCACUGCGGGGGAGCUGCUCUUCUCAAGGCUUCUCAAUGCAUCUGAUACUCAGGAUGGAAUGAAUGAAGAGGAGGUGUGUAAGCAGCAAACCUUUGCCAGACUGAAGGCCCUGCUGCAGUUCUACCAGGAGUCUGAGAUGCACAGCCAUGUGGUGUACCUGGUGGACAGUCUGUGGGACUGUGGUGGAGCUUUGCUGAAGGACUGGCCCUCACUCACAUCUGCACUGCUGCAGGACUCUUCGUCAUGCAGUGCAGGUUUCACCCCGGCUGAACAGGCAGUGCUUGUAGAGAUCCUGGUAGCAUCAGUGCGUCAGGCCUCAGAGGGACCUGUGCUGGCAGGGAGGAGUGGAGCGAAGAAGGUAAUGAAUGCCAGAGAAAAGAAAAUUCAGACUGAUGACUGUUUGAAGCUCACUGAGCAUCUCGUCACGGUGCUUCCAAAGCUGCUGUCUAAGUUUUCAGGUAGCAGUGACAUCCUUGCCUCCCUGAUGAGGAUUCCUCAGCACUUCCUCCCAGAGUGUCCACAGGCUGAAAACACACAGGCGGUGUCCGGCCUGCUGACAGAAAUAGAAGCUGUUUCAGACUUCCACUCAGGCCCGGCUCUUCUGGAGGCGGCGUCUCGUGCGAUGCUGUCUCUUUGUAGCGAGGAGGCAGCCUGGUGCUCCCUGGCCCGAGCUGCCAGAGACUCUCUGGUCCAGCGCUGGGCGGACAAACUGACAGCACUGCUGGGGGACUCGCUCAAGGACGACAGUUUCUCUGCUGAUGAGGAGAAAAUAAGAGAGAUUUUAGCCACGCUGAGGAAACUUAAAGCUUUCUACAACUGCCAUGACCUCAGUCAGUGGCGUCUGUUUGAUCUGCUGUCUCCUCUCCUGUCAGUAAAGAGCAGCUUGGAAGGAGCUCCACCUGAGGUGCUGCUGGAAGUACUGCAGUGUUUGUCCUUUUCCAUGCUCUGGUCACUCAGCACCAGCAGUGAAACUCUGACCUGCAGGGAGAGGUCUGUAGCUCAGAGGCUCCAGCUGCGCCUUUUCUGUGAGAGAAGUCAUCACUGCCUCUCCCACAGCGACCUCAGCGCGAGGCAGCAGGCUUUUCUGGGUGUGUGCGACGUCCUGACGGCCCACUCCUACCAGCUACACGUGUGGGAUCCCACCUCAUUCGGUCCACUGCUCUACACGCCCAGUCCCAAGCUGCAGAGGGCGCUGUUGACCUUUGUGUGCAUGCACGUCUUUGUGGGCUCAGACUGUGACAGCCAGAGCAGGGUCAGCGAAAACUCUCAAGUGGAGAGGCUGGAGGACCUUCACAAACGGAGGAAUCUGCUCGCAGCCUACUGCAAGCUGAUAAUCCACGGAGUGCUGGAGAUGAGCAUGGCAGCAGAGGUCUUCACUUACUACAUGAAGUACUACAAUGACUUUGGAGACAUCAUCAAGGAGACGAUGUAUCGCACCAGGCAGAUGGAUAAAAUAGAGAGUGCUCGCACACUCGUGCUCUGUUUGCAGCAGCUGUUUAUACGACUAAAGCAGGAGCAAGAGAGCGGCGGCAGGCCUCAACCAGGAGUCCAGACUUUCACCAGCAUUAAAGAGCUAGCCAGGCGAUUCGCCCUCACCUUCGGGGACCUCGUCAAGUUUCGCGAGUGUGUCGUCCUCAUCCACAGGAAUGGCAUAGAGUUUGUGUUCCAAGAGUUUACUCAGACUCCAGACUUACCUACACCACUGUACCUCUCCUACCUGACUAUCCUCAGUGAGUUCUCCAGCAAACUGCUCAGACCAGACAAGAAAGCAGUGUUCUCCUAUCUGCAAAAACACACUGCUGAGCAUAUUAUUAACCUCAGGGAGGAGUGCUGGCAGCCACUCAUCUACUAUCGUGCAUCUCUGUUGGCUAUAGCUGAAGGGGAGGACGCUGUAUCCUAUGUAAGCUCAGACAGAAAGGGCAACCCACCCAAUCGCUCGCCCUUCUCCAAACAAAAACGGGAAGGUAAGACAGCACAAAAUGAUGUCCUCACUUUCACCAGCUGCUUCAGGGGUAUCCUUUUUUUAUUUUCAGGAAGCAAGUCCCCCUGUUUGUUUAGCCCUGUUGAUUCCAAAGUCAGCAAAAUACGCAAACCGAGCUACAGCCCAAGCCAUCAGGAGAGGGCAGCUGAUACAGAUCCAUUUUCUGUCCCUCUGGAACCUCCACCGAGAAGACUGCACAUGGAAGGAUCCGUACUCAGCAUCAGCAACGAGCCAGACGAUGGCACCGUGGAGGUGGAAGUCUGAGUACGAGGAGGUCGGGAAAAUUGGUGCUGCCGUCUGGGCGACAACACCUCAAGAGACGUUUUACUUUUAUGCACCUUGUAACCAGCGUCCUCUGUCGAUAGGCACUGCUGUGUUUUUUUGUACAAUGUUGAUCAUGCAGCACAUCCUGUUUUUAGAAGGAUGCAAUCAGAAAGGAUGAAGGUGGCAGUAUUCUGCCAUGCAAAGACCAAAACCACGACACGUGUAUUAAUCCAUAACUGAAAAUAGUCCCUGAUAUUAUUUCCAGUUACUCCUGUUUUGGUAAAGUUUGCCAACGCUGGAGUGCUCUGACGUUUCGACUGAGAUCCUCUUUUUAGAAAAAAAACAAAAACAUUUGUGAUCAUUUAAUAAAAAAAAAAAAAA